GAUAGGACAUUAAUGGUGUGUUUGUCUCCUUGCAGUGAUGAAGAUGAUGAAGGUGCUACUGUGCUCUGCUGCUCUUCUUUUCCUAGUGACUGCAUUCACUGUGGAGCCAUCUCAGUGUGCCAAAGUGCUGAUCAUGCCCACCAUAGUCUUUGACAGCCACCUGCGAGUGUUCAUGCGGGUGGCAGAGGCACUGACUGACCGGGGCCAUGACCCUGUGCUGCUGCUCCAUGAGGGUCGAGAUGUGGAAACCUCCCUGCCUGGCUUCCGCCUGCAGCGAUACUGGGGGACCUUCAGCACAGAGAGCGCAGAUGCCUGGGUGCAGGAGAAGAUAAAGCGUGUCUUUCAAGGGAAGAUGACCUCUCUGGAGGUGUUUUCAUUUUUGGAGAAGUACCUGGAAAACUGUGACCUAGUACUGGGAAAUUCUACCCUUCUGCAGAAACUCCAGUGGGAGCAGUUUGACCUGCUUUUGGUGGACCCCAAUGAGAUGUGUGGAUUUAUCCUGGCCCACAUCCUACAUGUCAAAUAUGCUGUGAUUUCCACUGGUUUCUGGUUCCCAGCAGAGAUUGGUGCCAGCUCUCCCAUUGCCUAUGUUCCUGAAUUCAACUCCCUGAUGACAGACAGGAUGGGCUUUUUUGGUAGGACUUGGAAUCUCCUAGUCUACAUAAUCACUCGUGUGGCUACAAAACUGGUCAUCCUGCCCAAGUUUGAACGUCUCAUGGAGAAGCAUGGAGUGGAGCCCAAGACAUCCAUGUUGGACCUUGUUCAUGGAACUAGUCUUUUCUUCCUCUGUAAUGAUGUGGUGUUGGACUUUCCCCGUCCAACGCUCCCCCAUGUCAUUUUCACAGGGGGGAUCCUUGCUGAGCCUGCAAAGCCCCUUCCAGUGGGUCUGCGUCUCUGGGUGGAAGCAGCAGAGGCAGGUGUCGUUGUUGUCUCCUUUGGCAUCGGGAUCCGAGCUCUUCCAGGCGAUUUGGUGGAGAAGAUGGCCGGUGCAUUUGCUCGCCUCCCACAAAGGGUGGUGUGGAGAUAUUUUGGUGAGAAGCCAAGAAACCUGGGUGAGAAUACGCUGAUGAUGGGGUGGCUGCCCCAGAAUGACCUGUUAGGCCACCCCAACGUGAAAGCUUUUGUCAGCCACUGUGGGAUGAAUGGUGUAUUUGAGGCAAUUUAUCACGGUGUGCCAGUGGUGGGAUUUCCUUUCUAUGGGGACCAGUUUGACAUAAUGACCAGAGUGCAGGCGAAGGGCAUGGGUAUCCUCAUGGACUGGAGCAGAGUAAAAGAAGAGGAACUUUACCAGGCUGUCAUCACAGUCAUCUCUGACCCCAGCUACAGAAAAGCAGCCCAGCACAUCUCAGCUCUGCACCUGGACAGACCAAUGCACGCUCUCAACAGGACAGUGUACUGGCUGGAGUACAUCCUCCGUCAUGAUGGGGCUCCCUACCUUCGCCCGGCUGUCUAUGACCUUUCCCUGUAUGAGUACUUCUGCCUGGACAUAUUGGCUCUUCUCUUGCUGUGUCUGGCUGGUAUUGGAUUCAUUCUCUACAAAUCUGUGGUCUGGUGCAGAAGGAAGGGGGGCAGCCCUGUGUAUCAGAACGGCAAUUGCAUGAAAGGCCACUUCACAGAUGAGAAAAAGCUGCAGUAG